AUGGGCCCCUGUACCGCCUCCCCAUGCUGCUGCCAGGCCCGUAAUCUGCCAUGGGCCCCUGUACCGACUCCUCAUGCUGCUGCCAGGCCCGUAAUCUGUCAUGGGCCCCUGUACCGCCUCCUCAUGCUGCUGCCAGGUCCAGAGUGUGUGUCAUGGGUCCCUGUACGGCCUCCCAUUGCUGCUGUCUCUAUCGCCACACUCUGCCAUGUGCCACUUUCAGGUCUCCUCACACUGCUGGUGGUUUCCAUUUUUGUCAUAGGGUGCUGUAUGGCCUCCCAUUGCUGCUGCCUCCACCGCCACACUGUGGCUCCACACUCUGGUUUUGGCCCCGUGACUGCCCAAAUGAGUGAAGUGUGCGGUGAUUCUAAGAUCGACGGCACUCAUCUGCAUGUCAUACUGACUGACAGUAUUAUUUCUCUUCCCCAGCAGACUCCAAGGGCAUUUAAAUUAAAGGUACAGUGUUCUGCACUAAUAUUA